UUCCUCGCUCCCAGUUGCGCGCUCCUUUCCAUCCGCGUGCCCGAGGGUUUUAACAGUGCAACUCCGCUGAGGGACUCCAACCGGGAAGAGAAAUGCCAUCAAAAGUCGUCUUUGAGACAGAAGAACAAGUAAUGGAAGACAGCGUGGACACUGUAGCGGAGGUUAAACCCCUGAAGAACAAGACCAAGGAGGACAAGAAGCUGAAGAAGAAACAGCAGCAGCAGUUGGAGGAGCAGGAUGACCCAGACUGCAGCCCUCCGGCACCAAAGAAGAAAAAGAAAAAAGACAAGCUGGCAGCGGACCAAGUGAACGGCGACGCAGAUGUGGCCACAGACAUGAAUGGUGACAGUAAUGGUGUAGAAACACCAAAGAAGAAGAAGAGCAAGAAGAACACAGAAGGAGAGGAAGAGAAAACCAAGAAGAAGGAAAAGAAAGCAAUUGCAGAAGCAGAAACCAAUGGACAUUCCACCCCAAACACCCCAGUUCAGACUCCCAUCCAGACACCCUCCCAGUCAAGUGAUGACUCAGCCAGUGACAGCGAUAAAGAAAAGGAGGAGACACCGGAGCAGAGAGAAGGGGCCUUCUCCAACUUCAGAAUCUCCCAAGUCACUAUUGAUAAGCUGAAAGCUCGGGGAGUCUCUUACCUGUUUGACAUUCAGGUAAAGACAUUUGAUCCUGUAUAUGACGGAGAGGAUGUAAUUGCCCAAGCCAGAACCGGAACAGGAAAGACUUUCUCCUUCGCUAUCCCUUUGGUGGAGAAGCUCCAGAGGGAUUCAGCAGAGAUGACCAGAGGCCGGCCUCCCAAGGUUCUGGUGUUGGCUCCAACCAGAGAGUUGGCCAUUCAGGUCGCUAAGGAUUUCAAGGACGUCUCCAAGAGGCUGUCUAUUGCCUGUUUCUACGGAGGCAGCUCAUACAACCCACAGAUCGAUGCUAUCCGCAAUGGAAUUGAUAUUUUGGUCGGAACCCCUGGUCGCAUCAAAGACCACCUCCAGAACAAUAAACUCAACCUCACCAAACUGAAACACGUUGUUCUGGAUGAAGUCGACCAGAUGUUGGACAUGGGAUUUGCAGAGCAGGUCGAGGAGAUUUUGGGUUCAUCAUAUAAGAAAGACAGUGACGCCAACCCACAGACUCUUCUGUUUUCCGCCACCUGCCCCCCUUGGGUGUAUGAUGUGGCCAAGAAAUACAUGAGACCAGCGUGCAAACAUGUUGACCUGAUUGGCAAGAAAACACAGAAAGCUGCAACAACUGUGGAACAUCUGGCCAUAGCGUGUCACUGGUCACAGCGUGCGGCGGUGAUCGGCGAUGUGAUCCAGGUGUACAGUGGCAGCCACGGCAGAACCAUCAUCUUCUGCGAGACAAAGAAAGAGGCCAAUGAACUGUCCAUGAAUGCAUCCAUCAAACAGAGUUGCCAGUCCCUCCAUGGCGAUAUUCCACAGAAACAGAGAGAGAUGACGCUAAAGGGCUUCAGGAACGGGACCUUUGAGGUUCUGGUUGCCACAAAUGUUGCAGCCCGUGGAUUAGACAUCCCUGAAGUCGACUUGGUGGUCCAGUGUUCUCCACCCAAGGAUGUGGAGUCGUACAUUCAUCGUUCGGGACGUACAGGCCGAGCAGGCAGGACUGGAAUCUGCAUCUGCUUCUACCAAAGGAAAGAAGAGGACCAGCUGCGCUAUGUAGAAAACAAAGCAUGCAUCACAUUCAGGCGUGUUGGCGUUCCCACUGCAAAUGAUAUCAUCAAGUCAUCAAGCAAAGAUGCUGCCAGGUUUCUGGACUCUGUUUCGGCCACAGCUAUUGAUUACUUCAGGGAAUCAGCGGAAAAGCUGAUCGAAGAGAAAGGAGCAGUUGAUGCGCUAGCUGCUGCCCUGGCCCACAUUUCUGGAGCCACAAGUCUAGAGCAGAGGUCACUGCUCAGCUCCGAUGCUGGGUUCACCACGAUGCAGUUGGUGUGUUCCCAGGAGAUGCAUGGUCUGGGUUACGCUUGGAAGAGCAUCAGAGAACAGCUGGGAGACGAGUUUGAGAACAACAUUCAGAGAAUGACCUUCCUGAAAGGCAAAACGGGAGUUUGCUUUGAUGUCGCGGCUGAUAAAGUCAAGGAGAUGCAGGACAACUGGAAGGACGGUCGCCGUUGGCAACUGACUGUAGCCACAGAGCUCCCAGAGCUGGAGGAGAAGCAGUUCAGUAACCGUGGUGACAGAAGAGGCAAUGGCAACCGUGGCGACAGAGGAGGGUUCAGAGGUGGAAGGGGACGAAAUUUUAGGGGAAAUGGUGGCCGUGGCAACGGGUUCCGGAGCGGUGGCUUUGGCAACAACCGAGGAAGAGGACAGAAACGCAGCUUCGGCCAAGCUUUUGACUCCUGAAGCACCAACCUGUGGACUGAUGACUGUCACUCACCUGGGCCAGCAGCAGUUUUUAUUGGCUGUUGGUGGGAGGGGCCAGUGUGAGGCUGAGUAAAAAAAUCUUCAAAAUGAUACAAGCGGAAUUGUAAUUUAAUACCCAGUUCAUUAAAUUGCAGAUUGUCACACAUAGUAUGAACAGAACUGGUUAUCUGAAGUGUUGGUUAAUUUUCAAUUAGCCUUUCAAAAAGGCUCACAGAUAGAAAUUUCUUUUAAAGGGUAUAUUAACACAAUACAACUGGUAGCCACUUUGUAAUGUCUGACAUGUACUUCUUUAAGUUGACACAUUAGCUGAAACUCUUGGAACGACAUGCUCCUGAAAGCUGAAAUGUUACUGUACUGUAUAAAUGAGUGCAUAUUUCAGUUGCCACGUCUUGAAUGGCACAAGUUCAGAAACAUUGGCUAAUAAACCUAAAGGUUUUGCAUUAUGUAACAAAAUGACAUAAAAUAUAAGUUGGAAAAUGCCCUCCAUUGAGUUUUAGGUAAGGUGUUUUUGUUUUUUUGUUUUUGUUUUAUAUUGGGUGUUUGGGGAACAGUUGCAGCAAUCAGACUUGGGCAUUUGUCCCAAUCAGAAGACUCAUACUUCUGACUUUGUAAACCUGACCAUUGUUGCAUGAUUACACUGCCUUUUUUGUACGACCAUGAAGGUGCACUAUACUGCAGACACUGUGUCAUGUGGGAGGCACUUUGUUUCUGCUCUGCACCCGCAGGGAACAAUAAUGAAAGGAGUGUUAACCUUUACAGUUGUGCUCAUGUCAGGUUGCUGCAUUACCCUCAUCUGAAACCUGUCUCCCCAAAAAUAUAUUGGAUGAUUGCUUUGCAAUUGCCUCUAUUUAAUGACUGUGUCUACUGCUUCCAUUCAUUUGAAUGACUUCUUCAUUAAAGAAAAAAGGUCACCAAA